AUGGACUCUGCAGAAGACCUUAAUUAUCCUCAGAUCUUAUUUCAAUACAACCAUGGAUUUUUUUUCUCAAAGACUAUGUUUACUGCCUGUGAAUUGGGAGUAUUUGAUCUACUGCUAGAGUCAGAAGAGCCCCUAUCUUCAGAUGUCAUUGCUGGGCGUUUGGGCACCAGUACCACUGGAAUGGAAAGAUUACUUGAUACCUGUGUGGGGUUAAAGCUAUUAAGAGUCGAACUGAACAGUGAAGGAGUCUUUUACAGAAACACAGAACUUUCCAACCUCUACCUUGCAAAAGCAAGUCCCAAGUCUCUGUAUCAUAAUAUGAUGUACUACUCCAAGACUGUCUACCUAUGCUGGCACUACUUGACAGAUGCUGUGAGAGAAGGGAAAAAUCAGUAUGAGAGAGCAUUUGGCAUUUCAUCGAAAGAUCUCUUUGGGGCUGUCUACAGAUCAGAAGAGGAGAUGAUCAAAUUCAUGUAUGGUUUGAAUGAAAUAUGGAGUAUAUGUGGUAGAGAUGUAAUUGCUGCAUUUGACCUUUCACCUUUCACCCACAUUUAUGAUCUAGGAGGAUGUGCAGGUGGCUUGGCCCAAGAAUGUAUUUCUUUGUACCCAAAUUCUACAGUCACAAUUUAUGACCUACCUAAAGUGGCACAAGUGGCAAAGGAGCGUUUUAUACCCCCAGAGGAACAUCGGAUAAUGUUCCAUGAAGGAGAUUUUUUUAAAGAUCCAGUUCCAGAAGCUGACCUCUACAUUUUGGCUAGAAUCCUGCAUGACUGGCCGGAUGACAAAUGCAUGCAUCUCCUUGAAAAAAUACACAAAGUUUGCAAGCCUGGGGGUGGAGUACUGGUGGUUGAAACACUUCUGAAUGAAGACAAAAGUGGACCUUUGGAUACCCAGGUCUAUUCUUUGAACAUGCUCGUACAGGCUGAAGGGAAAGAAAAAACAUCAACCGAGUACAGCAACCUUCUCAGGGCAGCAGGCUUCAAAGAAGUUCAAGUCAAGAAAACUGGAAAGCUCUAUGAUGUAAUUUUAGGAAGAAAAUAAUUGUCUGUUUCUUCUUCACUAUUGUUAGGUACAGAAAUGGCAUAAAGAGAUAAGCUUUUAUUAGGCAGCAAUAGUCAUCCCAGCUCCAGUCAAUUUCUUUGUGCAACAAUACAAUGUUAGCACAGUCACUAAUUACAUAUGUUGAGCAUAUAUGGAUUGACAGUCUGGCAGCUUGAAUACAACUUUCCUUUCACUGUGAACCCUAAAUGGUUAGGAAAAGAGACA